UCCUGGAGGAGCGAUGAGAAGGACAAACAGUCUCGGGAUUGUUUUAUGCGAUUAAAAGAGAUCAUCCUUAACUGGCGCGGCAAGUUAAAACCCAAAGUAAACGUCAUCAAUUCGCGCCCAAAGCAAAACUGACUGUUUGAGUUCCUACCGGAAGCUGAAUACCCUCACUAUUAGUCGAAGGACCAAACAACUAUGGCGGAAGGAUACAGUUUGGUAGAAUUCAGAGGAUCGUAGAGGAAUACGUAGAAGUAGAGUGUGUGGGAAGACUAAAAUAGUGCCGCGACAGCGCUGGGAAUGAAUGCCCCGAUUUCCUCUUAACUGAAAAAGGGGCUGUGUUGCGUAGAGAUAAUUUCUGCUUGUGUAAACUUUACUCUGUAAAUGGAAAUGCGGUUGGGGUUUCCAACUCUGUUCUUGUUCAUCCUCUGAUACUUCUGUGGUAAAAAGUAGUAUGAGAGUGUAAGAGGUUACGGUAGGAAAGUAGGAGGGUCGCUCAUUCUGUCAUAGAGGGAUUGCGGGUGUUGGUCUAUUUUUCUCUGCUUUCCUUCCUCUUCCCCACAGAGUUGAAGGUACGGAGUGAAUCCCAGGGUGGCAUAAAGAAGCAAAGGGUCAGACUUAGGAGCCAAUUAGGUAGGAUAAAAAACAGACAUAGGAAUAUAAAAGGGUUGUGGGAAUGAAAAGAAAGCUAGUCCUUCCAGAGUGGCAAGGGAAGCCAGAAAGUAUGGAGUCUUGAGUUAAUAGCUAUGUUACUGUACAGAAAAGCACAAUUAGCUGGUGCGUUCACCUUUUGGUUCCCACAUAACCUUUCUUACCUUGUCUGUGAUUUUGAUUUUCCUAUUGAUGUAUGAAGAACUAGAUUAGUAAUGGGUGGCUGUGGAAGUAGGUAAAAGUGUUAAGAUCCUCUCCUUAUCCCUACUUUGAAUAAUUCCCAGUAUCUCCCUAUAAGAUGAAUGACUGUUUUUCUGCGAGACUGGAAGGCAGAGUUCGAGGAACUCUGAAAAAAGUAUUUGGAUUUGAUUCUUUCAAGACUUCAUUGCAGGAAAGGGCGACAAUGACAGUGGCAAAAGGUGGAAAGGAUGUCUUUAUAUGUAUGCCCACUGGGGCAGGGAAAUCUCUGUGCUACCAGCUUCCUGCAGUCCUGGCAUCAGGCAUCACCAUUGUCAUUUCACCUUUAAUUGCACUAAUUCAGGACCAAGUGGAUCAUUUGCUGUCACUGAAUGUGAAAGUAAGCUCUCUAAACUCCAAAAUUUCUGCUCAGGAGAAAAAGACCAUCCUUGCUGACUUGAUGAAUGAGAAACCCAAGAUAAAGCUCCUGUACAUCACACCAGAGAUGGCAGCUUCCUCUUCCUUUCAGCCCACUUUGGAGGUUCUGGUUUCCCGAAAUCUUCUCACUUAUCUGAUAGUCGAUGAGGCGCAUUGUGUCUCUCAAUGGGGACAUGACUUCCGACCAGACUACCUGCGGCUUGGUGCCCUGCGUCAUCGUAUACCUAAUGCACCAUGCAUAGCCUUGACUGCCACAGCUACCAAGCGUGUUCAGGAUGACAUUGUAACAUCACUUAAACUAAGGCAGCCUAUUGCCACAUUUAGGACAUCUUGUUUCAGAUCCAACCUUUUCUAUGAUGUGCAAUAUAAAGAGCUUUUAACUGAUCCCUAUGAAAACCUAAAAGAUUUCUGUCUAAAGGCUCUUGGACAGAAGAACACUUCUGGGGGCUAUUUGGGCUGUGGAAUUAUCUACUGCAGGAUGAGAGAAGUCUGUGAACAGUUAGCUAUUGAGCUAAGUUACAGGGGAGUGAAAGCCAAGGCCUAUCAUGCAGGAUUGAAGGCAGCAGAGAGAACAUUGGUUCAGAAUGAAUGGAUGGAGGAGAAAGUUCCUGUCAUUAUCGCUACCAUCAGUUUUGGAAUGGGAGUUGACAAGGCCAAUGUUAGAUUUGUUGCACAUUGGAAUAUAGCAAAGUCUAUGGCUGGAUAUUAUCAAGAAUCAGGAAGGGCUGGAAGAGAUGGGAUGACAUCCUAUUGUCGGCUUUAUUACUCUCGGACAGAUAGAGAUCAAAUCAGCUUCUUGAUCAAGAAAGAAAUUGCUAAACUCCAGGAAAAGCGAGGCACCUUGAAAGAAUCCGAUAAAGCUAUGAUGACAGACUUUGAUGCUAUGAUGGCUUUCUGUGGAGAGCUGGGGUAAGAUAUAACUCGAUUCGGCGACUAGAA